CUUGGGCAACCUGUUCCAGUGUGUCACUACCCUCUGAGCAAAAAACUUCCUCCUCCUGUUUAAGAUUUCAAUAGUGUUUGCAGAACAGGGCUUUGCAUGGCAAGAGGCAUCUGUCACUAGGAGAUGUGUUUGUUUUUUACUGCCUCAGGACUGCUGGAAUGCUUGAAUUCCUCCAAGUUUCUGAGCCCAUAAAUUUUCCUAAACCAUUAUGGUAAAUUAACUUUGUGUGGACUGAAUUCUGUCCUCAAUGUUUGUUUAAUCUUAUUAAACUUAUUAAGCCACCUAUGUAUUUUUAAUUUUUUUUUAAUAACUCCUGACAAUACUGUCUUUUCCCUUUAAAAUUUUGUUUCAGCCUUAAUUUUGUGUGAGCUAUCCAUUCCUUUUCUCUCUGCACACGGAUUUCUCUCUCGUCUCGUUGUACUGAAUGAGCUCCUCAUUGGUUGUGGCAAGCUGAUCCUUGACCUGGAGAAGUAAACAAAUCUACUUCUAAAAAUACGAUCUUUGGGAUUUGUCCCAGUUAUAAAAUGCCUCCUUCCAGCAGGGCAUUAUCUGGCCAUGUAACAGUGCCAAUUCUUGCAAAUGUUGCUCAAUGCAUGAAGGACCUACCGUCUAAUGUUUAAACAAAUGUAAUAUCAUUAUAAAUAAAAUUUUUCUCUAGGGUGAAUUGUUUCUUGCGUCCAGUUAAAGCUUCCAAAGGAAAAAAAGCAAUAUAGCAUUAACUUUUUUUUUGGUCUGCCUUCGUGUGUCCCUUAAAUAUGUAUUAGAGUAUAAAAUCCAAAUCUUCAAAAGUAACUUUUUCUCUAGUUAUCAAAAGGUAUUAAGACAUGACUAAGUGUCAUUUUGCCUUUCCCAUGACAUGCCAUAGGACGCUGUGGGUAUGAGUCGUCUUACAGCAAAUGCGUUUUGUUGUUUAGUGCUGACAUAACUGCACAUCUGGCAACUUCUAUUAGAAGUUUGUGUAUCUUAACAGCGUCCAAAAUCUUUCUCUCUGUUCAAUUGGUUCGUUUUUUUCCCUGUUGUAAUUAAGGAAGACAGUAGCUAUGUUUUCUUCUGGAGUUGAGCCUCGUUUUGCUGCAAACUUAGAGUUCCCAGCUGAGUGAAUAAUCGUGCAGACUGAUGCCUCAAUCUUCCUGUAUUGAUGGGUUAGAGCAAGAGGGCAGUGUGUGGCUGUAAGCUAUUUAGAUGCGUUUUCUGCACUGGGCACGUGUCCAUAAAUCAGCUGAUAUUCCUGUGUUGCUAAAUGACACGUUGUGAUAGAAAUGAGCUAUCAGGAGAGGGAGUUUGAAUUUUGUUCCCAUGCCAUACCAAAUCCUGAUGUAUCUUCUGUGAAGCCAGUAGACAGCCAUCUGCUCUUACAUAUUUGGAGGGGUCACCCCAGUCUAGCUUCUUGCCGUGUCCCUUGUGGUGCAGGAUUGCUUGGGUAUCACUGAUAGUGCAUUGAUUUUGGUCUGCCCAAUGUGGAAGGAGUGAGUUAAUUUGUCUGUUAAUGCUCAACCUCCAACUUAACCUCCUUCCCUUCUGAGCUUUUAUACCAGUGUUGUUUUCCUCCUACACAGCAGAUGUAGAUGGCAUGAGCCUUUUGUUGUCCUUUUCACAUAAGUUUUAUGAGCUGGCGAGAUUGUUAGUUGGGCUUGUCCUGUUCAGCUGGUGCUGUCAUUACCUCCCCAUGAGGAAUGAUGUAACUAUGUAUUUUAACAUAUAUAUUUUUGUUUUUAAACUCAUCUGGGAGGUGAAUUGAGGGCUAGCCUUACUAUGCAGGAAAGAGGAAGAGGUCCUUCAUGAGGAUUAUCAUUAAGAAAUUGUUUCAUUUUAGCCAACACACUAUUCUGAAUUUGUUAAUUACCUAAAUGCUGUACAAUCUCACACUGUAUGAAAGUAAUUAAGAUAUUAUCUUCUUGGCUGAAUUUGAACAUCUGAUUCUUGUGUGUUGUUCUAGGCUUGUGGCUCGUGAAAAAUACAUGUUCAAAUUUGGUGAGAGUUAGAUGGUCAUCUUAGAAUCAUAGAAUGGCCUGGGUUGAAAAGGACAACAAUAAUCAUCUAGUUUCAACCCCCUGCCAUGUUUAGGGUGGAUCUUCUAUGCACCAGGAAAACUUAAGAAGGAACAUUUUGGUGGACAAGCCCAAUGAUCAGUCUUCGAGGUGGUCUUCUGAAAGCAAUUAUCCUCCCCAGUAUUUGAUUCUGAAACUUGAAAGACCUGCCAUAGUCCAGAGUAUCACGUUUGGCAAAUAUGAAAAAACACAUGUCUGCAAUUUAAAGAAAUUUAAAGUCUUUGGUGGGAUGAAUGAGGAAAACAUGACAGAUCUCUUAUCCAGUGGCUUAAAGAAUGAUUAUAACAAAGAAACAUUCACCUUGAAGCAUAAAAUUGAUGAGCAGAUGUUCCCCUGUCGAUUCAUUAAGAUAGUUCCACUGUUAUCCUGGGGACCUAGCUUCAAUUUUAGUAUCUGGUAUGUUGAACUUAAUGGCAUUGAUGAUCCAGAUGUGGUCCAACCGUGCCUCAAUUGGUACAGCAAGUACCGUGAACAGGAAGCCAUUCGCCUUUGCCUGAAGCAUUUUCGUCAGCACAACUACACUGAAGCUUUUGAGUCGCUGCAGAAGAAAACCAGGAUUGCUUUGGAGCACCCUAUGUUGACAGACCUGCAUGACAAACUAGUGUUGAAGGGAGACUUUGAUGCUUGUGAAGAACUGAUAGAAAAAGCUGUGAAUGAUGGCUUAUUCAAUCAGUAUAUCAGUCAACAAGAAUACAAACCUCGCUGGGGACAGAUUAUCCCCAAAAGUUCCAAAGGUGAUGGGGAAGACAGCCGACCAGGGAUGAGAGGAGGCCAUCAGAUGGUUAUAGAUGUUCAAACAGAAACUGUUUAUUUGUUUGGUGGCUGGGAUGGAACUCAAGACCUGGCUGACUUCUGGGCAUACAGUGUGAAGGAGAACCAGUGGACUUGUAUAUCCAGAGAUACCGAGAAAGAGAGUGGUCCCAGUGCCAGAUCUUGUCACAAGAUGUGCAUUGAUAUUCAACGAAGACAGAUCUACACGCUGGGUCGCUACCUGGAUUCCUCUGUGAGGAACAGCAAAUCUCUGAAAAGUGACUUCUAUCGCUAUGACAUUGAUACGAAUACAUGGAUGCUACUGAGUGAAGACACUGCAGCUGAUGGGGGUCCAAAGCUGGUGUUCGAUCAUCAGAUGUGUAUGGAUUCUGAAAAACACAUGAUAUAUACCUUCGGAGGCAGAAUUUUGACCUGUAAUGGCAGUGUUGAUGACAGCAGAGCCAGCGAACCACAGUUCAGUGGAUUGUUUGCUUUUGACUGCCAGUGUCAGACAUGGAAACUUCUGAGAGAGGAUUCCUGUAAUGCUGGACCUGAGGAUAUCCAAUCCCGAAUAGGACACUGUAUGUUGUUCCAUUCUAAAAAUCGCUGCUUAUACGUAUUUGGUGGCCAGAGAUCAAAAACUUACUUGAAUGAUUUCUUCAGCUACGAUGUAGACAGCGACCAUGUGGAUAUCAUAUCAGAUGGUACUAAGAAAGAUUCAGGGAUGGUUCCAAUGACAGGUUUCACUCAAAGGGCUACCAUUGAUCCAGAACUGAAUGAAAUCCAUGUCUUGUCCGGGCUCAGUAAAGAUAAGGAGAAGCGAGAAGAGAAUGUAAGGAAUUCUUUCUGGAUUUAUGACAUUGUGAGGAACAGCUGGUCUUGUGUCUAUAAAAAUGACCAAGCAGCCAAAGAAAAUCCAGGUAAAAGUCUUCAGGAAGAAGAGCCCUGCCCAAGAUUUGCCCAUCAACUGGUUUAUGAUGAGUUGCACAAGGUUCAUUAUUUAUUUGGAGGAAAUCCUGGCAAGUCCUGCUCUCCAAAGAUGAGAUUAGAUGAUUUCUGGUCUCUGAAGCUCUGUCGACCUUCAAAGGAAUACCUGCUAAGACACUGCAAAUACCUCAUAAGGAAGCACAGGUUUGAAGAAAAAGCUCAGACUGAUCCUCUUAGUGCACUGAAGUACCUACAGAAUGAUUUGUAUGUAACUGUGGAUCACUCAGACCCUGAGGAGACAAAAGAGUUUCAGCUUCUUGCCUCAGCAUUAUUUAAGUCUGGCUCGGAUUUCACCACUCUUGGAUUUUCAGAUGUUGAUCACACUUAUGCGCAGAGAACUCAGCUGUUUGACACAUUAGUCAACUUCUUUCCGGACAACAUGACCCCUCCUAAAGGCAACCUGGUAGACCUCAUCACGCUGUAACAGAGUGAUCACUGGACAUGUGGAAGAGGGGAAAAGCAUCCAUUUUCAGUAUUUUAAUUUUUUUUACUGCAUCGAUUGACUGCUGGGAUGAAUAUGGUAACCCCUAGCUGUUUGAAAGGGGUUUUAUACUUGUAUGGUGAAUCCCUGAAGCUUUUCUCUUGGAGUAGGUUAAUAAAAAUGUAACUGACAUACUUCUGACUAAAUAUAUAUAUAUAUUUUUUCUGACAUUGAAUUUUGAGUUAGCAAAUGUAAGGAGAAAAGAGAGGGGAGGAAAAGAAAAUAAAACCCUAUCGUGCAGUGAUCACUUUUCCCUCUAGAAGAAAAUUGAGAUUCGUGGGCUGUCUGGAAUUAAAGAUGAUGGGUUUUAUUUUGGAUUUCAUGGGAAAGGGGGUGGUGGUUCUUUACUCAUUUGUAGCUAGUCAUGAUAUAUUACUUUGUCCUACAAGUCCAUCCUCAGCAGCUGAAUAACUUGGCAGCAAGACACUGGCGUGUGUUGAGGUAAUAGUAAUAUAUGUGUCUUGAGUCUUGUAAUCGCAGGGUGUCAUGUGAAGGGAGCAUGUGUUACAAAUUGUCUGUCUUCUUCGAGAACCUGGCUGGCAGCAGUGUCUGAUUGCAUUUGAUAUCUAGUCUAAACCUAAAUGCCUAACUUCCGUUCUCUGGAGCUUUCCAUUUUGACCUGACAGUCAUGGGGGAGCCUCGGAGAAACUGUCAGAAAACGGGAGUGCAGGGGUUGUCUGCACAGGCUCCUUUUCAGGGAUCGCUCUGUUUCCAGUGCCAUGCUCUCCUGAUGAAAAACUCUGCAGGUCCUCACAGCGCUCUGCAGAACUGGGUCUUCCACUCACACACCCAACCUCUGCAACCUGACUCCAGGUUGGGUGUAGGAUUUCCGAAGCAGAUUGUCUUCGUUUACAUACACCUAUGCUUCUGUGUGCAUUUGUCAGUGUGUAAAUGUAAAGAGGUUUGCUCCAAACAGCUUGUCUUCUGUUUGUGUAGUGCAGUUUCUUUACUUUUAAAUGCAUUUUAUACCUUGCUCUGAAUGUGAAGGAGGCCUUUUUAGCAUAAACUUCUUUAAAAAGCAAGCUGAUGCAUAUGAAUAGAAAAUAUACUCUUCUUUGCUGAAAGCCUUCUUUAUAAAUAAGGUAAGGCUUGGUGCUGCACUAUAAAGUGGAAUGAAGGAUACUCAUACCGAGCAUUAGCAGCUUUUUGCGUUCAGUGUCAGUAAGCAUUCAAUACAAAACUGGCUGUUGUAAAUCGUAUAUGCAACUGCAAAGCUUUAUGUCCAGAAAUGUUCGUGCCAGCAGGGUACCAUUGCUGCACUCACUACGGCUACACAGCUCCUGUUGAACUCGAUGGAAGUCCUGUGUGUGUGCAAAGAUGAUUUGAACUCUUGAAAUAAAGAGUUAGUGAAGUGUCUUUUUCAGAGCUUGAGUGUCUGCUUGCUUUGAUUGCAUUGUGUUGCCUCUUUAAUCAUGUUCUUUGUUCAACUUCCGUAGUUCUGAUAUGUUAGAAAUAAAUUUUAAACCUCCAUACUAGUGAUUAAUCACCCAGAAAGGAACAAUGUGUUAGAGGUUGGGCUUUGCUUUGUCUUCAGGGAGGAGAAUAUAGAUGCAGUGUUUUAAGUAACCCGUAACUUUAGACUGUUUAGAAAUUGUAUACUUUAGUGGUCAGCAAAUCACAUGUCUGUGGAAGAAUACGCAGUGCAGUAAAUGAAAUUUGACGAAAUUGUUUCUUUGAAACAUGGUAUUUUUUUUUUCCAGUGACAUGGAAAGUUUUUAGGUGACUGCUAGGUUUUAUGCUGUGUUUGCAGUCGCUUUGUUAACUAGUUAAAGUAGAGCUUAUGCCAUAAAAUAGAGAUAGUGGAGGUGCUAACCUGGGCAAGUUUUCCUAAGUGAGGCACUUCUUCCAUUGAGAUUGAACUGGACGCAUCCCACACAACCAGCUAAAGUACUGCAACCCUGCAGUACUUUUCAGCCUCAGCAUAAUCGCAAACCCAAAACUAGAUUGAGGAGCCGUGGUGAGUAGAUGGUGGAAGUUCAGAAAUGCUAAAGGCUGUGUGAACAAUGUUGCUGCUAAGGUGGUUUGUAUUACAGAAAUUCAGUCAAAACUCACUGUCCUCAGAAGUACAUGCAAAUCCUGGCAGCCCAGCUCUCCUUCUGUAGCACAGAAUAAAUGAAUUCCUUGUCUGAAUUAGGCAAGCAUUGUUUCUAUAGGAUGGACAAACGCAGCUAAUGAGAGCACUUCAGGAUGAUCAAAUAUUGGUCUACAUUUAUCCUGAGCCGAUCGAUUUCAGCUCAUACAAGCACAGUUUGUGGAUUCCAGCUGGUGAUUAACCAGCAGAAACUAUUUGCUCAGCUUCUGGGUAUUUGUUGAGCAGCAGAGGCACCCUGUGGCCAGAGAUGUUAAUCCACAGUGAGGGCUUCUCAUGGCUUUGCCUAGGGUAUUUCCUUGUUCUGUGUGCUCCCACUAAGUGAUUUCUUAGCAUUGGUAUAUACUGCACUACUUUAUUUUAAAAAACAAUUAAAAAUUCGGAAUGGGGAAGUAUGAAAAAAAAAAAAAAAAA